AUGGCUGAGGAAUUGAAGAAAUUAGUAAAAAUACGCGGAGGCCAUCGAGCCAGUCUUACGAAAACAUUAGCUGUAACAGAGGAACUCUUAACGCAAUCUACGGAAAUAUUUGAAGAAACACAGGCAAGUGACUUUGAAAUAAAACUUACCCAACAACGUGUGAUUUUGGGCGAAAAAUUACCACUUCUAAAGAGUUUUGACGACAAGAUUAUUCUGUUGGUUGAGGACGGAAAUAUUGAGGAUGAGGUUGCCAGUGCUGAUGACAUACGUCAAGCUAUUCAAAGGGCAAUUGUUCACAUUGAUUUAAUUUUGGAAAAACUGAAGAAAAAAUGGAAUAAAGACAGUGGAUCUUCACCAUCGAAUCUGGAAAGUUCUCUGUCGCAAGCAACAGUACCACACACAUCUAACAGUAGGGUAAGAUUACCAAAAUUAGAACUAAAACAUUUUAAUGGGAACAUAAUGGAGUGGACUCCAUUUUGGGAUUCAUAUUCUUCUUCCAUUCAUGAAAAUCCUAAUUUAUCCGGUAUAGAUAAAUUCAAUUAUUUGCAUAGUCUGUUGGAAAAAUCUGCUGCUGAAGCAAUAUCGGGUUUAAAAAUAACUUCAGCAAACUACCAAGAGGCAAUAGAUAUCUUAGACAAAAGAUUUGGUAAUCAGCAACAAAUUGUCAAUGCCCACAUGAAUGCUUUAUUAAACCUGCCCAAGGUGACUAAUGUAGAUGACUUAAAGGCUCUCAGGCAAUUACAUGAUAAAGUAGAGAGCCAUAUGAGGGGAUUGAAAUCACUUGAAGUUGACUCUGGUUCAUAUGGUAGUCUGUUAACACCUAUUUUAAUUGAUAAGUUGCCUAAAGAGCUGCGUUUAGAAGCUAGAAAGCAGGUCAAAGAAGAUUGGGAUCUAGGUGAACUGAUCAAAAUCUUUAAAAGGGAACUGGAGGCUCGAGAGAGGGCAAGUCUCUUACCCGGCAGUUCAAGGGAUCCCCCAUCUAAGCCACCGUAUAAACCUAAGAUCCCAUCUGCAUCAUCUUUGUUUACUACUGGAGGAAGUCCAACAUGCACCUACUGUCAACAACCCCACCCUUCAAAUAGCUGUAGUACCGUGACUGACAGAAAUGAGAGAAAGGAAAUUUUGAAAGGUCUGGAAGAUGUUAUAUAUGCCUUAGAAAGAAUCAUGUUGCCAGAGAGUGCAAAUCUAAAAUAA